CGAGCUAUUAAUUUUUAAGAAUUUCUUUAUGAAAAAUUCACGAGACAAAUUUGUUCUUGAUCAUUUGUCAUCAAGGACUCUGAAAUUUAUGAAUUUCCUCUUGGUUAAGUCGUGCUAAAAAGCGAUUUACGGACAUUGACAAAUAUCAGAAUGCCUCCCUUUGCCAUUUAAGUGAACCGAGAUUUGCCUGGACCGUUCCAAGCCGUAAGAAGAGAAAUAUCAAAGUUUGUUGGGGCAAACACAGUUCAACAUGUGGGUCAUUGUUUUUCUCUUGGCAAAUGUGAUAUGGAACAAAGUGGAUGGCAGGUACAUCAACAAAAUCGACAAAGGGCAAGCGACAACUGAAGAAGAUAAAGAGUUUGCAAAAUUAGAAAAAAGACAGCAAAUAACGGGAGAACUUGAAGUCAAUGGCCAAAGGUUUGAAAGCCUGGGUUGUUGGCGAGAUGCAUGGGCACGAGGCCUUCCAUCCUUAGAAGGAGAUCACUACUUGUUGAUGGAUCCUAAUUAUAAAGGAAGGAGUCACGCUCUUUUUAAGUGCGCACGAGCAGCAGGGGAUAAGGGACUCAAGGUAUUUGGCAUCGAAAAUGGAGGCCAGUGUUUUGCCAGUGCUGAUGGAGAGAAACGCUAUCGCAAGUAUGGACCUUCUAAGGACUGUAAAGGUGACGGUAAAGGUGGUCCCUGGAGUAUACAAGUGUAUCGUUUUGUGGAACCGGAAAAAACUAUAAACGGUGAUUACAGUGAGUGGUCUCCAUGGACUCAAUGCAGUAAAACAUGCAGUGGAGGUGUUAGAAGGCGAAUGCGAAAAUGUUCAAAUCCACCUCCUUCCAAUGGUGGAAGAGAUUGUAGAAGCCUGGGCCCCAGUGUAGAGAGUCAAGAUUGCAACGUCAAAUUAUGUAGUGGUAAGAACCAGCAUAAUCAGUUAUAUAGAAGCAGAAUUGCAAAUGGGUAUGACCAGUGCCUGCGUACAGGACAAUCUAUUGAUAUGGCACAAAAAAAAGAGAAAUAUCAAAGUUUGUUGGGGCAAACACAGUUCAACAUGUGGGUCAUUGUUUUUCUCUUGGCAAAUGUGAUAUGGAACAAAGUGGAUGGCAGGUACAUCAACAAAAUCGACAAAGGGCAAGCGACAACUAAAGAAGAUAAAGAGUUUGCAAAAUUGGAAAAAAGACAGCAAAUAACGGGAGAACUUGAAGUCAAUGGCCAAAGGUUUGAAAGCCUGGGUUGUUGGCGAGAUGCAUGGGCACGAGGCCUUCCAUCCUUAGAAGGAGAUCACUACUUGUUGAUGGAUCCUAAUUAUAAAGGAAGGAGUCACGCUCUUUUUAAGUGCGCACGAGCAGCAGGGGAUAAGGGACUCAAGGUAUUUGGCAUCGAAAAUGGAGGCCAGUGUUUUGCCAGUGCUGAUGGAGAGAAACGCUAUCGCAAGUAUGGACCUUCUAAGGACUGUAAAGGUGACGGUAAAGGUGGUCCCUGGAGUAUACAAGUGUAUCGUUUUGUGGAACCGGAAAAAACUAUAAACGGUGAUUACAGUGAGUGGUCUCCAUGGACUCAAUGCAGUAAAACAUGCAGUGGAGGUGUUAGAAGGCGAAUGCGAAAAUGUUCAAAUCCACCUCCUUCCAAUGGUGGAAGAGAUUGUAGAAGCCUGGGCCCCAGUGUAGAGAGUCAAGAUUGCAACGUCAAAUUAUGUAGUGGCAAAUUUGCAGUUGGGACCCCAGAAUCGCACAGUGCACGAUUUUCGAAUGGAGGUCAGGUACGACAACUUGAAGGCGCUGGUAAUAGCCCACUCCCACCAAAACAAGGUGGACAAACUUUUCACGGUAACCAAGACAAAUAUGCCACAGAUGUACAAUAUACCAAGAAUCUCCAUGGUGCGAUGCAACAGAACAGCUUCAACGACAAUGGUAAUGCUAACAAAGUGGAAGGAAAAUACAUUCCAAUGUCUCGUGAAGACAUCAAAAAUUUCAAACAGGUUGCGGCGUUUCAAAAAUUAGUACCCGACCCUACACAUGGUUCAGAGAAUUCCAAAAGCAAAGAUACGACUAACUCUCCUGGAAUCCCCAGCACGAACACUGCAGUUGCAGGUAACGCCUUCAAACAGCCGACACCACUUUCUAGAAAACCGUUACCUUUAACGGACCCGAAAGGAAACCCGGAGGUUUUGAGCGAGAGCUCGAAGCCUGCCGUUCAAGGCGCUGCAUCGUGGAAAGAUGUCAGCAGCAUCUACUCCCCUUCCUCAGCUUCUGUAGGUAGUCCUCCAGGAAAACAGAUGGGACUGGUUGAAGGAUCCUUCCAGCCUCGCAAAACAAAGGAGCUCUCAAACAACGAUAACUCUGUUAGCGGAGAAUAUAAGAAACUGGGUGAAGCUUUAAAACAAAGUGACGGCAGAUCGGAUGAAAGAUUGAUGGUAUCACCUACUAAGGGUGAAACUAAUCAUAUUAAUUCAAAUAAAAUGACUGCAGCAGAAAAGGGACAGAACUCCAAAUAUAUCACCUUAAUUGGCACGCCAUUAAACGCAAUGAAGCCUGACAUUAUGAAACAAAAUGAAGCAGGGGAUGACAAUCAAGAUUACAAAUUUUCUCAGCAUUAUUCAGAUAAUAUUUUGGGCAAUAACAAGGGAAUAGAAGCAAAACUCAAUGCGAAGAAUGCACCUACACAUUUUAGCGACUACGGGAAAAUGGGGAAUCACCGAGAGGAUGAAGACCAUAACAAAUCACCAGCAACGUAUAAAGAACAUUUAGAAAAUGAUGUUACUGAUUCAAGCCACGUGUCAGCUGCAAGAGCUGAAGGUUCGUCAAGCUCAUUACAAAGUUCAUCAAAAGACGAACAGACUACGACACCUUCCGGCAAAGCGGAUUAUUCAAAGGGCCAAGAAAUGAAGGAACCGUUGGCUACAGCUUUGCAGCAAAACCCAAUGAUACCAAAUUCCAAGGUGAAGGCUAUGAAAGAGGUCGAAGGGGUGGCUCAACCGAAGUUAUCUGACAAACAAAGUCAAGAACAGGGAACGAAACCUGGAGAGGCUUCGCAGAUAUCGAAUAAGCUACAAAGCCCAAUAUCUCAGCAUGGAGAACAAGUUGAUAAUUCCAACAGUCUUUCCUCCAUGAAAGGAAGUUCUCUAUCAAUGAGCAAAGAAAAGCCAACGAUUGAAAUGAAUUCGCAACAAGUGAAAACUAACCCAAAAAAGGAGGAUGAUGGUGGACCCACACUACAACAGAAAUACCCUCAACAGGAACACGUGUUGAGUAAGCUUACUCCCACGGCUGAGGGAAAUAAAUUGCAUCAAACAACGGCAGGUAAUACUAAUGAAAAAUCGGAAUCUGACCAAGGGCAGCCACUGGAAGAAGGUGAGCCAGUGCCCAUGGUGGACCUAACCAAAGCGGGUACUUUAAGCGGGACAGAGUUUGGACAAGCCAAUGGGGAAGAGUUCCAAGGCCCUGGAGAAGAAACUGAAAUGCAAAAUCAACCUAAUGGUGCUGCCGGAGACGAUUAUGGUCCAGGAAACGGGGACGUUCUGGAAAGUCCCAGUGAGGAAACUCAACCCAUGCCGGAUGCAAGUCAACAGUCAAGACCUGUGUACGAUAAUGAAGCCAUGCAAGGAAUAAGUGACCUCGCUCAUAAUGACGAUCAAAAUAUUUUACAACAAGUUAACUCUGACGGCCAAGCAGGGUCUUAUGGAAACAUGGGAGCUGAGUAUGAUGACACGAGCAUGACACAAGCUUAUACAGGAGGAUCCAUUAGGGUGGGCAGCGAAGAAAAAAUCGAACACACUCAGGAUGAGGUGAAACAAGGAUCGAAUUCAAGUUUGGGAAGCAACAGACGUUCUCGGGAUAGGGAUAAUGGUGAAGCUCAUCUUACAUCUGACUACUAUAAUACAGAGCCAACUGAAGACUGCUUAUGUCCAAAGAAAGAAUGUUCGGCCAAAGCAGACGUCGCCUUUCUUGUUGACGGCUCAGCUAACAUUCCUCAGCCAUAUUAUGCCCGUGUCCUUGAAUUUAUCAAAAUAUUUUCGCGUGGUUUUGACAAAAGCAACAUUCAUGUUGGACUUAUGGCUUAUGGUGAUAGUGUCAAGACAGCUCUUGAUCUCAAGGGCCUUAGCGACUUCAAACAGCUUGAUGAUGCUGUAAAUAUUGCUCCCUAUAUUGGAGGUAAGGCCUACACAGGAAAUGCUCUUCUGCAAAUGAAGGCAUCUCUGUUUGCUGUUUCCGGUCGUCAAGAUGCCCCAAGGGCCCUUAUAUUGUUCUCCAGUGGAGAAUCAGCUGAUGACGUGGUAACACCUGGAGAGGAGCUGCGAGAUUCUGGGGUUAAGGUUACAGCUAUCGGCUUAGGAAAGCAAGCCAAUGUCAGGGAGCUGAUAAAUGUUGCUUCGGAGCCCAAGUCCGAGCACGUGUUUACCGCAUUCUUAGACACAUUGCCAAACGCUAUGGAUGAAAUCAUUCAAGGAGUUUGUAGAGAUGUCAUGGGGAUCGUGCGAGACAGACAGGUGCCAUGUACAUGUGAGACAUACAACGGUCAAAUUGGUCCUUCCUCAGAUUACAGUACGGCGUCCUCUGAAAACGAAGCCGCGUCUACAGGUUCAAACCCGCAACAAGAAAACGAUUUAUCGUAUUCACAAAGUAACGAGCAGUCGGAGAAUGUCAGGAUGCCUUACUCCCAAAACGAAAAGCAAAGCCACCAGUUUGAAUCUCAAGCUAGUUACCCUCAAGGCAAUGACACUGAAGAAUCUCAGCCGACAGAAUCCUCAAGACCAGACAAUGAUGGGCGUCUUUUAUUGAGGGAACAGGGUGGCCAAGCUAAUGGUGCCUCAGAAAAGCCUGCAUCGCUCGUUUCUUAUGGAUAUCACCUCUCCGAGAAGGAUUCUAGAAACGAGCAACAAAGCCAGAAUUAUGGCACAUCUGCGGGGGAAAUGAAUCAUGGAGAUACCCAAGGGCAGGAAUUCAGACUUUCUGUAGAACAUCAAGAAAGUAAGGAAAAUGACCAAAGUCGUGAAGACGAGGAAAACGAGAUAGGUACAGACGACUAUUCAAAAGAUUCCGAAGGGGAUCGCAAAUUUGAUAACGGAGAACAGAACUUAAAUCAAAAGAAUGACACGUUCCCUAGCAACCAAGAACAUAUACAGAUUUCCGAGGUUCAUCGCUUUGCUGCUGGUUUCCCAGAACAUUAUAAACCCCAUAUCAGUACAGGUACUGAUAACGUAGAUGAGUCCGGUGAAAAAUCAGAAAGCCAAGACUACUCUAACAAACAUGCAAAUAAACAAUUCUCUAAAGUAGACGAUACUUUACAAGGAACUCAACGGCCAGCAACAUUGAGCCACGAGAAAGUUCAGGGCUCCGGAUCUCAAGGACAUCCGGCAUUCACACCCUCACCGAGUGAAAAUAACUUUGGACCUUUCAGGCAGCCAAAUUACCCUGAAGGCUACUCCAAAGGGCAGGGUGAAUUACCGUCUGACUAUAGAGUGCCAACAAAGGUCAUAGCAGUUGGAAAAGCAGCGGAAAACUAUGACAAUAAAGUACAAGAAAUAGACAGACAAGAAUGCGGAAAGGUUCACCUUGGAGUGGUUCUCGAUAGUUCUUCGCCUUCUGAAGGUAGUGGUAAGCAACAGGCAACAAAGAUGAUGGACUUGGCAAAGCAUGUGUCCCACUUAUUCCCCGUGUCUCCUGAAGGUAACAGUAUUGGUAUGGUAGUCUACGGAGGGUCCCCACAGCCGUCUGUAGUCCACUUUGACAGAUUUCUUGACCAAAAAAGCAUGGAUCAAGCUAUUGACAAUGCCAGUAAUCCAAGCUUCGAGAUAAAAAUAGGGAAAGCACUCACCUUGGCUCAAGAGCACUUGUUUAGUCCAAUCCCCACGUCUAAACACAAUGUGCUGCUACUAGUGACUGAUGGUAGUUCGACUGAUGAUGUUAGUCGGCCUGCGAUAGAACUGAAAAGGCGAGGUAUUGAGGUGUUCUGCCUAGGAGUGGGACGAGAUGUCAACAAAACACAGCUCGACGUUAUUGCGUCUGAACCAGCUAAAGACCAUGUCUUCUUGGCCCCGUUCAAUGACGCAGACACACUGAUGGAGAGAAUUCAAAAGGGAAUAUGCCAGUCGGCGAAUCGGUCAGAAAUCACCAGGAAUAGCUGUCAGAAAUACUUAACUUCACCUCGCUUCACUUCGUGUCAUCUAACACAUCAUGCAGACGGAAUACCGACUGUUAGCGCACCUUCGACUCAACUCUACAGAUACCUUCAUCCGCAUAACCACCUUAUCGCUAAUGCAAAAUUUGCCUGCCGGGGGUUGUCUAAUCAUCGAACUAAUAAAAUCCAUUCGGCAUGUUCAGUUGCAGCUCGAUUGCAGACCCAGAGAAAGUGCCCUUCUGACCUCGGAUUUGUUAUCGAUGGCGCAAGAAGUAUUGAGGUUCUUGGAAAAGGAAACUUCAAGAAAAUGCUGGAUUUUGUCAAAAAUGUUUCUUUGGGAUUCCACAUCUCUCCUGAGGAAACUCGUGUUGGGGCGAUAACUUACGGGACUGAACCUAUAAUAGCCAUCCCUUUCAACAAAUAUACCUCGCCUAAGGACUUAGCCCUCGCUAUUGAGAAUAUUUCUUAUCCAGGGACCUUUACAAUGACGGGAAAAGCAUUAGCCUUAGCCAAUGAGAAGCUGUUUGAUAAAAGAAGUCGGAUUAAUGUUCCCAAAGUUCUCGUUGUGCUGACAGAAGGCACUUCAAGGGACAAAGUUCAACCCUCUGCUCAGGCAUUACACAAAGCUGGAGUGACGGUCAUUUCUGUGGGUCUGGGUCCAGUUUAUAAUACAAGCCAGCUUAAUAAUGUUGCUUCAAUGCCAGCUGCUUAUCACGUGAUUAAAACUAGAUUUAACCAGCUACAAAGUAAAGUAAAUGAGCUGCAGGAUAAAAUAUGCCAAGCAAAGCACAAACGGAAUGAUUAUAUUUAAGCCAUGAAUCACGUGGAUUAGUUGUCAAAUAAUGCACAACUAGUUAUACAACUAUUUGCCAUGGGCAGGCAUUUAGGGAGGAUUUAUGUUUUUCUGACUACUACCUAUAAACAGCACAUGAAAAACAUCAACAAAAUAGUGUCACAAUAUUCGGUUCGGUGCAGAACACAUCAAUCAGAGCAAACAUUUGGCAAACAUUGGGAUGUUUGGCAAUUGACCAAUUUCAAUAUAUUAAAAUUCAACUUAAAACAAUGGACCUCAGUACGAGGAUCUGAGGAAUAGCUACAGAGUUUGUGGGGUUUAUUACCCAGAGCCUCGUUCUGAGGUCUAUUGUUUUAGGCUGAA